AUGCCACUGCGCCGACAUCGACACCAACCACUCUCGGCGUUUACCUUGCCGUCGUGUGUCGGGUGCCUCGACAGAAGGCCAGGAAUGCUCCCCGUGGUGCGGCCAACCCUUCUCGGUGCCGCUCAACUUCCCCACCACGCAUCCGCUGGGCUCUCGCCUGGAUGGACGCUCUUCCCGGCAACUCAACCAUGGAGUGUACGUCGCGCCGGGGAGGUCUCCAGCCGGUGGAUGUUUUUCUUUUCGGCCUCGAAGGGCUGGGGUAGUGGUGACAUCGGGUAG